UGCGAAAUUUCAAAAUCAUCUCCCUCUCUCUCUCUCUCACACACACACACACACGCUCACACACAGUGCAGAGUGCUGUAAUGGAUGCAUCUCCGUGAAUGUGGUCUUCUCAGCAAAUAUUCGUCGAGAAUCAGAAAUGCUUGAGCGAUUGAUCGAUGGAAGGGGAGCCUGACCUUCCGGCCCCACCUGCCGAGGCGAAGUUCUUCAACCCCAAGCAGAGCCGUCCGAUUACCAUCAACCCUGACUCGAUUAAUCUCAGUCGUUCCUUCAACACCAGCUCCACCUACAACUCGACGUCGUCCUCAUCGCAGUCCCCUCCCGACUUCGUUCGCGAUAUUCAAGCCGCCUUCAAACGGCACCGUCCCGUAGCUGUAAUGCAUAGACCGAGAAGAAAUGUGGUUCCUCAACGAGAGCCUCCAAAAGAAUCAAGUAUAAAACCACAAUCAAGAUUUGAUUCCGUAAAAUGCAAAGAGGAUAUCCUGCAGAGUCAGGGAUUAAGGAGUUCCGUUCCAAAGCCCAAGCCCAUGCUAUAUGGCAGUGCGUACAAUCACGACAAUGUUCCAAUAACUCCAUCUCCACCUUCAGAAGGGUUUACCACUGUAGAUCCACAUGAUGUAAAUAUUAAGCUUUUCAAUACUCAGAGAGACCAGCCUACUAGGCCUCAGAUCAAUGAUGCAGUUGCUUCAUUGGAACCAGGCCCUGGGAAUGCUCUAGGGGAAGUUCAGAGGAAGGUUCAUUUUUCCAGCGAUGCCAUUGCCACAUCUCUUGGGGCCGAUGAUCAAAUGGUUACUGGAACAGAUAAUUUAUUGUCUCAUAUGGAUUCAAUUGCAUUGACAGAAACAGAGACGGGUAUGGGUAAUCAAGUGGAUACUUCAGCUGCUGUCAAUCAGGACUGGAGAAAUCAUAAUUUUCAAAGCAUGGAAAUGGAAAACAGUCUUAGGUCUGAGGGCGGUAUUUCUUCUCUAUUGACUGGAAGGACAAUGGGUGUUCAUGAUCAGCUCCACCAGUUUGGAAGUUUUUUACAGAAUGAUUUGAAUAAUGCCAUGACACAGUCUUCAUUGAUUGGAUCUUCUUGUGUUACUUCAACGCUAAUGAACUCAAGCUCUGCUCCUAUGAUUAGUUCAACAACUUAUUGCUUGCAAUCUCUAGCAAGUGGUUCUCAAUUGGGCACUGGGCCAGCUGAAGAAAAUGAAGGGCAAAUGGACGUUGUUCAGCCAUCAUGUUCUUUAUCCAAGAAUGCUGUAGGAGAAUCAGCUUCUCAGUCAGCCGUAACUUCUCAAGCUGUCAGCUCUGCUCUUGCAACUGCAAUGGAAGUCAAUAAAUCAUCUGGUCCAUGUAAGGAGUUCCAGACUAGUUCACCACAUGAUUAUAGUAUUACUAAAGAUUCCCCUCAAGUAGACAACAGCAUUCCAGUCAAAGGAGAUGCUCCCAAUGAAAAAUCUCAACUUCCACCACCAGAUGUACCUCCAUCAGAUAUGAAAUUGGAAAAUUCCAAGUCAGAGAAACUAGAAAGAGGUGCUACUGGUAAAGCAACAUCAACUUCUCGUAAGAAGGGUUAUGAUCCUGACUUAUUUUUCAAAGUUAAUGGGAAGCUCUAUCAAAGACUUGGCAAGAUAGGUAGUGGUGGAAGUAGUGAGGUCCAUAAAGUUAUAUCAUCAGAUUGCACAAUUUAUGCCUUGAAGAAGAUAAAACUUAAAGGCCGUGACUAUGCCACGGCAUUUGGAUUCUGCCAAGAAAUAGAGUACUUAAACAAACUGAGGGGGAAGAACAACAUCAUUCAGCUGGUUGAUUAUGAGGUGACAGAUAAGACUUUACUCAAGGAAGUGAUGCAUGGUUCAAUGAGUAAUAAGGAAGGCAGGGUUAGAGAUGAUGGGUUUAUAUACAUGGUACUUGAAUAUGGAGAAAUUGAUUUAGCCCACAUGCUAGCUCAGAAAUGGAAGGAACUGGAUGGUUCUAAUGCAACCAUAGAUGAGAACUGGCUCCGCUUUUAUUGGCAGCAAAUACUGCAAGCAGUAAACACUAUUCAUGAGGAACGUAUCGUGCAUUCUGAUCUGAAGCCAGCUAAUUUUCUUCUGGUGAGAGGUUCCCUGAAGCUAAUAGAUUUUGGGAUCGCCAAGGCUAUAAUGAGUGACACGACAAACAUUCAACGGGACUCACAGCAUUGCAGGUCGGGACCCUAAGUUACAUGUCUCCUGAAGCAUUUAUGUGUAAUGAGACGGAUGCUAACGGCAACACAAUAAAAUGUGGUCGUCCUUCAGAUAUCUGGUCCCUUGGUUGCAUCCUUUACCAAAUGGUCUAUGGACGAACGCCUUUUGCAGAAUACAGAACUUUCUGGGCAAAAUUCAAAGUCAUCACUGAUCCAAAUCAUGAGAUCAUAUACGAGCCUCUCCCCAACCCGUGGCUUCUGGAUCUUUUGAAGAAAUGUCUUGCUUGGGACCGGAAUGAACGUUGGAGGAUCCCUGAACUACUCCAACACCCUUUUCUCGUUCCUCCAGUUCCACCGAAAUCACCUAGCCCUCCUGACCAACUCUGUGCAUUGGUUCAACUCAUUGUUGAAUCAACUGCAGACGAUCAAAAGGGUGCGCUUCUAUGCUCUCAACUCUAUGGCAUGCUAACGAACCCAAGAGACCAGUUGCGCAAGUUCUUGCAAAUUCUCAACCGUUUGCUUUGAGCUCCAGGAACAGUUAGCUAGCUCGUGAAGAACUCGAAGACCAGAUCAAUACUUCAUUUUCUUCAAAAGAUGUAGAGUUGUUUUUCUCUAUGACAAUCUUUGUGUGGUUUAGGUUCCCAUUUUGUUAAGCUUUCAUAUUCUUUGAUACUAAUUUGGGAUCAUACCAUCUGUGGAUAGUGUUGCCUUUGUAAUAUAUAUAUAUUGAUAUAUGUAGAAUUUUUGGUGGUAAAGACAAAUGCCACCAUCAUCAUCA